CGUGUGUGUUUGGUAGGUGAGAUGAAAGGCUGGCAGUUCUCCCCGUACCCCUCCACCCCUCUUUCCCCCACCCCUUUCUCCUCCCUCCUCCCCCUCCUCCAGCGACUCCCUGUGAAGUCCUAAGGGGCCCUGAGAGCUUAGUUAGGGGGUCAGUUGUUGCUUAGGACGCGAAGGAAGCAAGUGGUUUAGGAGUUUGGUGAGGGUUUUUCCUCCCCUCACUCUCCUCUUCCGUCUUAUAUCUUUAGCCCCUUUUUUGUUUUGUUUUUGUUUUUGCCGAGAGAGAAAGAGAUAGACUUCCAGCCCCGUCGCCAUUUCUGGAGUUUUAUUUUUUUCCUUUAAUUUAAUGUGUGUGGGGUGGUGUUUAAGGAUUGGUCCUUUUGAAGAUUCUUCUCUUGGCGGCCCCGGUACCCUGGCGCCGGGUGGAUUGUAAAGACUUCUCCUCCUCCUCGUGUCUUUGGUUCCGAAAGGAAGGGGUCCGGUUGCUUUUUUUUUUUUCCCCUCUCUGGGGGAAAGAGUGGGAGGACUCUAUCCAGGGAAACCCUUUUGGAGGAGAUGAGAACCCGGCUUCGCUAUGCCUUCGCCUUUCAGAGAGAAGGUUCAGAGGAGCCUUUGCUGACUUGAGAGAGAUACCACGCUGAUUGCCGAGGGGAACUGGAAGAAGAGAAGAAACUGUGAGAAACACUCCAUCGCCAUGAGUAGUGCUGUGUUGGUGACUCAUAUCUCAGACCCCAGCAGUAGCUUCAGAGAGGACGCCCCUCGCCCCCCAGUGCCGGGAGAAGAAGGAGAGACACCAUCAUGCCAGCAGUCUGCCCACCUUGGUCAGGGCAAGAGCCCAGUCACCAAGGCUAUGCCUAUCUCUUCCAACACUAGGAGGAAUGAAGAUGGCUUGGGGGAGCCUGAAGGCAGGGCAUCCCCAGACUCCCCUCUGGCCAGGUGGACCAAGUCUUUACAUUCCUUGCUGGGUGAUCAGGAUGGGGCAUAUCUUUUUCGGACUUUUCUGGAGAGGGAGCAGUGUGUGGAUACCUUAGACUUUUGGUUUGCCUGCAAUGGAUUUAGGCAGAUGAACCUUAAAGAUACCAAAACUUUAAGAGUAGCCAAAGCAAUUUACAAAAGGUACAUCGAGAAUAACUGUAUUGUCUCCAAGCAGCUGAAACCAGCCACCAAGACCUAUAUAAGAGAUAGCAUUAAGAAACAGCAGAUAGAUUCCAUCAUGUUUGAUCAAGCUCAGACUGAGAUUCAGACAGUGAUGGAGGAAAAUGCCUACCAGAUGUUUUUGACUUCUGAUAUAUACCUCGAAUAUGUAAGGAGUGGGGGAGAAAACCCAGCUUAUAUUAACAACAGUGGACUUGGGAGCUUAAAGGUGGUCUGUGGGUAUCUCCCCACCUUAAAUGAAGAAGAAGAGUGGAGCUGUGAGGACUUUAAAGGCAAGAUUUUGCCUACAGUGGUUGGCCUGUCCAGCAAAACUCUAAGGGCAACAGCAAAUGUGAGGUCCACAGAGGCUGUUGAAAAUGGAUACAGAUCCUUCAAGAGGAAUGAUCCAGUUAAUCCUUACCAUGUAAGCUCUGGCCACGUCUUUGCUCCAGCUGCUAGCGCCAAUGACAGUGAAAUCUCCAGUGAUGCGCUGACUGAUGAUUCCAUGUCCAUGACUGACAGCAGUGUAGAUGGGAUCCCUCCUUACAGAAUGGGGAGCAAGAAGCAGCUACAGAGAGAAAUGCAUCGAAGUGUGAAGGCCAAUGGCCAAGUUUCUCUACCUCAUUUCCCAAGAACCCACCGCCUGCCUAAGGAAAUGACACCCAUCGAACCCGCCAUUUUUGCCGCCGAGUUGAUCUCCAGGCUGGAGAAGCUAAAGCAAGAACAAGAAAGCUUGGACAAUCUGGAGGAGAGGCUGCAGCAAAUUAAGGAGGAUGAAGAGAAAGAGGGCUUAGAGUUGAUACCUGUAAACACUCGGGAGCUAGCCUUGCAGCACCCGCUUUCCCUCUUGCCUUAUGGCAGCUACGAAGAAGACCCACAAGCGAUCCUGGAUGACCACUUGUCGAGGGUUCUGAAGACUCCUGGCUGCCAGUCCCCGGGCAUGGGGCGGCACAGUCCCCGUUCCCAUUCUCCUGACCACCACCACCACUAUCGCCCUCUACUCCAGCCUGGCGGUCGGCUGCCGCCCCCAGCAGCCUCCUCAGCUCUCUGUCCGCUUGGCAAAAGCUUUGUUACAAAGCAGAUGACUAAACACGUCUACCACCACUACAUCCACCAUCACACCAUCCCCAAAACCAAGGAGCAGAUUGAGGUGGAGGCAGCUCAGAAGGUGCAAUGCUUCUGCCUUGGGGGCACGGAUUAUUAUUUGUGCUCAAAAUGCAAGAAUCACUCCAAGGGAGUAGAGCUGGGACCAGUGGAGCAGUUUGGCAGAGGCAAUACCCUCUCAAAGCGGAAUGGAAAGGUGACAGAGCCGUGUUUGGCUUUGUCGGCCAAGGAUGGAGGUGUCCUUGUUGGGACCGGGCUACUCCAGCUACCUGGGAGUGAGGGAGACAGGUCACAGAACGUCUGGCAGUGGAUGUUGGAGAACGAGAGACAGAACAAGCACAAGCCUCAUAGUGUCCAGAACACAAAAAAAGCCUAUCCUUUGGAGUCAACCCGGGGAACCAUUACCGAUCGACCUGCCCGUCCCCACCUGUGGGGGGGUAACAUGGGGCACUCUCGUGCCAUGCCACAUGCCCAUCCCUUCACACAAGACUCUGGCAUGGCCUCCCUGGGCCCCCCUAACACCCUUGCUCAGCUGGAAGAGGCUUGUCGUAGGCUGGCUGAAGUGUCUAAGCCACCAAAGCAACGGUGCUGUCCAUCAAAUCAACAAAAGGAAAGAAACCACUCUGUUGGCCACUUGGGAGGUGUCUCCUUCUGCAACCCAAAUCUAGCCUCAGAAGAUCACAGAGAGCCAAAGAAACUGGCAAGUGUUCACUCUCUUCAGGCCAGUGAGCUGGUUGUCACUUAUUUUUUCUGUGGAGAAGAAAUUCCAUACAGGAGGAUGUUGAAGGCGCAGAGUCUGACACUUGGCCACUUUAAAGAGCAGCUCAGCAAAAAGGGAAAUUAUAGGUAUUAUUUCAAAAAAGCGAGUGACGAGUUUGACUGUGGGGCUGUUUUUGAAGAGAUUUGGGAAGAUGAUACAAUACUUCCAAUGUACGAAGGAAGGAUUCUGGGGAAAGUAGAAAGAAUUGAUUAAUUUUUAUUUUGUUGGUGAUGGGUGGUAAUGGGAAAAAAAAUUUUUUGCAUCCGUUUCUUAAGAACAGUUGAAACAAAGCUAAAGAUACCUGUCUUGGAAAUGACAGGGGAAAAAAAAGAUAUUUUGAAGGAAAAUUGGAACAAUGAAGAAAAAAGAAAUCUAGGAAGACUUGGCAAGUCAGCCUUCAUUUUUCACUGGGUAUGGAAAUAAGAAAAGCCCUGAACUAUUUAUUAAAAAGAUGACCACUCUUGGCUGUUGAAGAUGCAAACCGUUUUUGAGAGACCUUCUUACAUAUCACUUCCUAGAGAUCUGAAAUCCCUAAACUAAGAAAAACUGUAUAGCUUACCUGAACAGGAAUCCUUACUGAUAUUUAUUGAUCAUGUUAUUUCCUUUUUACAUCCAGUUAAUGGAUAUGCUGCUUUAACAGUGGAGAGAGGAAAGAGGAAUUGUGUUCUCUAAUUGUUUUAUUCAAACUUAGGAGUUUAGCUAGGAGUGAAUUAAUGAUUUCUAUCAUUUAAAAGGAGUUUAACUUUACCAAGUAUUUCUCCAAGUGACGUUAGACUGUUUUAAUGGUGCCCUACUCUUAAGAGGCAGCACAAUGUGCAGAGAGAGAGGGUGAGGAGGACCUGGGUUCCAGUCCUACCUCUGACACAUCCUGGUUGUGUAACCCUCAGGUAAAUCAAUUAAUCUCUCAUUGCCCCAGGCUCUAAGACUUUAAGCUGUCGACCUGUUUUGGUAGGGGAAGUUUUCCCACUUGGGAGUUCCUUAUACCAAUAAAAUCACAGUUCUAGCCCCUAUUCCUUUCCCUAUACUAUUAAUACACAUUAAAAUUGGUGAAUUAUUAAAAAAAAAUCUAUGCUGCUCUAACUUGUGAUAAAAUAUUUAAAUAUGUUGCAUUAUCACUAUAACAUAAGAACAGUAUUUGAUUGGAGAAUUUGUGUAGCAUGGGUGCUGUGAGGAUCUAGCUGAGAUCCCUAGUUUAUUCAGUACCUGAUUCAUUAGUUGGAUGGUCUGAGUGAUCUUCCUUUUGAGAUGCUGCAUCCUUCCUGCCACCCCAUCCGGAGGACCCAAUCAUAUACAGGAUAAAAUAAGCGCAUGCCAUGUAGCUAGCUCAUGUAGGAGGUGAUUUUAGCAUGCCCUUUAUUAAAAGUGUGCAGUGUCCUCAAGAUCAGGGGAAGAGUCAGCCUUUGUAUUGAAGUCUUCCCUCCUUCCCUUUCAGUCCCUGCCUUGAACCUCGAUCCUCCCUUUCCUCUAACCCCAUUAGAGACCUCAGAAGAAACUGCACCAAAAUUCAGAAACAGUUCUUUCACCCAUCCCCCAUGGCCCCCAAAUAAAAAAGGGUGGAUGCAAACCCAGAAGCAGCACCUCCAUCCCCAAGAGUCCUUCAUUUUGAUGUUUGAGUUUUUCAUGUUAAGUUAAUGUGUGCAUUCUGUUUGUCAUUACUACCUUGUACUGUAAGUCUGUAUAUAUUGUAUGGUGAAAGAUUAUUAAUACACUAUCUCUAGUGUUUGAAAUGGAUUCAGUACAGUACCUGUGCCUGCAUGGUGGGUUAUACCGUGUAUCGCCCUAUAUUCAGGGCUCAACUUUCCCUUGUUUUUUGAAAGGGGUUUAUGUAUAAAUAUAUUUUAUGCCUUUUUAUUACAAGUCUUAUACUCAUGACUUUUGCCAUGGCGUUUUGUUCUACUUACACUGUAAAUUAUGCAUUAUAAAGAGUUUCAUUUAAGGAAAAUUACUUGGUACGAUAAUUAUUGUAAUUAAGAGAUGUAGCCUUUAUUAAAGUUUUAUAUUUUUCAAAUUA